AUGGAGUACGAAGAUGUACUGCGGCAGUACCUCGGUGAGUUCGGCAGGUACCAGAAACUGGCAGCUGUGCUCAUCAUCCUGGUCGGUCCGUCUGUCGGCGCGACAAUGCUCGCCCAGGCUUUUCUGGCGGCUACUCCCGGUCACCACUGUCGGCUCUACCAAAACAACUCUUCGGGCAUGUAUGGCCACCCCUCCGGUAGACUCAAUGUCAGUAUUCCCAUGGAAAACGUGGACGGUACGUCGAGGUUCAGCUCGUGUUUGAUGUACAACAGAAGUGGUGGAACAGCAACAGGGGAUAACCUCACAGUAAUAUCGUGUAUCUACGGCUGGGAGUACGACCAGAGCAUAUAUCACAGCACUGUUGUCACAGAGUACGACCUUGUGUGUGGGCGCCACUGGUUAAAGGAACUGGGACAGUCCAUCUUCAUGGUGGGGGUGAGCGCCGGGGGACUAAUCUCAGGAACGGCAUCGGACAGAUUUGGACGCCGUCCAACGGUUCUAGCCUGCAUCCUUCUGCAGCUGAGUUCUGGACUUGCUGCUGCCUUCACCAAAGAUGUCAUCGCCUUCAUUGUUCUCCGUUUGCUUGCCGGCGGCGCUGCCAACGGUCUCAUCUAUGUGGGCAUAACCCUAGUCAUAGAAGUUAUCGGCUCGUCCAAGCGCAAUGCGGUGGGAAUGACGAUCUCGCUGAGUUGGUCCGUUGGUUCAGUCGUUCUCGGGGGUCUUGCGUACUUUCUGCGGGAUUGGUGGAGCCUUCAGCUGGCCUUGGCACUUUUAUCAGCACCAGCAGUGCUCUCGUACUGGUGGCUUCUCCCUGAGUCUCCGCGAUGGCUCCUGAGUAACAACCGGACCGAAGAAGCCAGAAUCAACAUUCAGGAGGCUGCCAAGGUCAACAAGGUCACCAUUCCAGAUGAUGUCUACGAUAAACUGACAAAACCGAAGGACAAGGAACCUGGGGAAAAAUCCAAGAAGUACAGUUUGAUCGACCUGUUCCGGGGUCCUCGUCUGAGGAUGAGUACAAUAACGAUGUCUUCAGUCUGGUUUGCCACAGUGGCUGUGUACUACGCCUUAGCCAUCGGUUCUGCCGACCUGGCUGGUGACCCUUACCUGAACUUCGUCUUGGGAGGACUGCUGGAGAUCGGGCUGUCCCUUUUGGGUUUGGUUGCCAUGGAGAAGUGGGGGAGGAGGCCUGUGAUUGGUGGAUAUCUGUUCCUGUCAGGAGCCGCCUGUCUGGCAGUGGCAGCAACACCAACAGAGCUGCAGGAAGUCAUCCGGUAUCUUUCCUUGCUUGGUCGGUGUGCCAUUGGAGUCGUCUUCACCACCCUGGCCGUGUACACCCCGGAGGUUUUCCCCACCGUGGUCAGGUAG